AUGGGUUCCUUUUCUGUUAUGGCUUGUAGGAUAUGGGAUUUAUACGUGACUCAUUCUAUUGUGACGGGCUGGUGGCUGUCUAGAAUCAAUACUUACAACACAAGCUUAUUCUGUGCCUGGGUUGUGUUUCUAUGCGACUUGGUGUAUAUCAUGGACGCGUUGGCGAGAGUGAGUAAAAACUCAGUCUGUUCCGGGCCUUCCAUUUCAUUUUUGUUCAAGAAACAAACGGAACCGUGGACACUUUUAGAAACUGUUAUUUCUGUGUUAAAUUUUACAACGUUUGUUCCUUUUCACGUGCUGGUUCUUUUAGAACUGGAUAUUUCUGGUCUGUAUCUAGUUGUUUGCGGGGUUCGCUUGGCGCGACUCUUGCAAACUGGACGAAUUUAUUGCCAUGUUAUCUGGACAAUUUCGAAAUUAUUGGAAACUGGUCGGCUUCGUGCUCAGGAAAAGAAAAGAACUUCACCAAUGGCAACAGAGAAAGAAAGUUGGAAGAAAACAGAGAGAACAAGAGCGAAAAAAUCUCCGUUUUUGGAACAUAUCGAGAUGUUAAAAGCCAUGGAGUUGGAACACAGAGACUGGAAGAGAAAAGAGAUGUGCUUUGUUAAACAGCGCUAAGUAUUACAAAAAUCUGCGGCGAAAUCUGAACAAUUUGUGAUACAGCACGUCGAUACCGGAUUUAUUUUGACCGUAAUGGACACACAGUAUUGUUUUCACAUAUGUUCCGCUCGAAAUGAUUGAAUGUGUUAUGUAAUGAUGAACUUCUGCUGUGUAUAUUUAGUUAAUGUGCUGACUCGUUGGCAGAAAAAAAAAAUAACAAAAACGAAAAAAAGGGCCUAUACAUUGGGUUUAAGGUUUUCAAUGCAAAUAUUAAACGGCAGGUUACUAAAAUCUACCCGUCCAUCGAGCUUGUUAAACUUCUAUUCGGUCCUCUUACGUGUAUAUGCUAAUAUCUGAAACAAUGAUUUGAGUUGUUUCAUCUUUCUCAUUACUAUUUUUGUUCAAAGGUCAGAAGGACAGACUUUUCUGAUAACCGUAACGAUUUUCUUUUCUUUCAGCUUUAAAUGCGUGCCAAAAACGUGUAUAUAGUGUACACUCAUUAAAAAACUACAAAACAUAAAUUUCAAUAAAUGUUAUUUUGUAAAAAAAAUAUCUCAGUAGAUGACUGCAAACCAUGAAGCGUAGACAUUUUUCUGUGUUGUUUACUGAAAAAGUUGAAAAAAAUGUUGCUUCACUCGAUUCGGUUGUAGAAUAUUUUGUAUAUCUCGCCGUAAUUAUUUGCAAGCGAGAAAAAAAAAAAAAGAUUUUUGGGCUAGGUCAAACGAGAUAUUUUCUAAACCCGCAACGCACGUACGUUAUAAAGUUCAAGAGAGCCCAUUUAGUUUGUUAAUGGUUACAUAAGUUAUGUCGGUUAUUUAUCUGUUUAAUAAUAGUAAUAAUGAUUGCCCUUAUCCCGAUCCAAGGCUGUUAAUUCAGCAAGUUGUUUGGUUAAACCCAAUGAUGUAAAAAAACAAAUUUUAUUUAAUAGAGGAAAUAUGUUUCUGUGGCACAGAAUUUAAUUAAAUCAAAAUUUGCCUUCUAUCUAGACUCCUGCCUUGUCUUUAAUUAGCUUUUAUUGGCAUCAUGUAUCAUGAAGCAAUACUUUAAUGAUUCCAAUGAUUCCAACAUCAUUAAGCAAAACUAAAAAAGAAAAAGAGGCACUCAAUAUUCGCUCACGGGUGAGCAAUGCUACCUCGAUUUGUUCAGUAUUCGCUGUUAUUUUCUUUUGUUUGUUCAAUCUUCAUUUUAGUCUUUACAGAAUAAAUCCAUACGUCUGCCAUUUCAAAUUCAACAUGACUCGACUUUCGCCAUGCUCUUUCUAUUCUCUAAGGGAGUAAAGCUUUAAGGAAGGGGAAAUUGUCAUCCUUUAUUUUUCGUUCUACGCAUUCUUUGUUCACGUGCAAGCUACCUGACAUUUAUAUAUUCGCCUACCUCCUUAAAUCUCUAUAAUCAGGUGGUAAUUAGGUUAGACAUUUAUAGUUCAUGCAAUCUUAAAAAAACGAAGACGGAAAAGCUACAUAACUGCAUCAACUUUGAACAUCCUCUGUUACUGACGCUCGUUCGCGUUCUGCGAAACGAGUUGAACGUCCGCUAUGAACAUAUAAUUUAUGCGUCGCCAUAUAAUCCCCUUGGAGCGAAGUGUACUUUUGCAUUAGCUCUUAGUGAUGAAUAUAGCUGAAAAACAUUUAGCACGUCAUCAGUUUAAUUAGGUGUUCCCGAAAUCUUCUUCGUUUUAGUAGGUAAUUUUAUAAGGCAACUUUUGCGCCGGUUUGACCCCUAACUGACACAGUCAAAUCUUUCCGGCACUUUUAAAGCGUGACUUAUAGUGUCCGUCUUGGGCAGAGAUGUCAUAGAGAUCAAGUAAAGAAAGUAAAGAAAGGCAGGGACCAACUCAAGGUGUCUGUUUUAGCAGGGUAUGGUUUUCAAGUUUACCAGAGCGUUUGGGUCUAGAAUAGGGUAUCAUUUUUCAGGAAACUGAUCAGUUUGUUGAAGAUUUUAUCUAGACUAGGGAAACAGUUACUCAGCUGAACUAGCUCUGGUAUAGGUUAAGGGUUCCAGGGUCCCAGCGGCACAUCCCCACCCAGAAAUUCCUAAAGAGGGGUUUUACUGUUCGUGUUAAAGAUGUGUCGGAGAGACUGUAAACCUCGUCACAUGUUCACGUGUUCAACGUCCAGACAGCACAAAGAGCCGACGUGACAUAACGAGCAUUCUUCUCGCGCUUAAAGUAACUCAUCUAUAAACAAAUUUGACAUGUCUGAACUGAAGCUCCAAUGAUCAGUAGAAUGGUUGAGAAACUAUUGGCUAUAGGUUUUUGUUAGCUUUUUUUUGGACCUGACAUUGCACGAUGUUCAAUAACGUUCCUAUCAUUUUAAAGUUUUUGACCAAUAGAAACAUUGCAUUAAUGUAUUCAGUCAUAAUUUGUGAACAGAAAACAAGGAUUGUGCACGGUCAGGGAGCUUCCAACAAACUACAGCACCAUUGUUUUCAACUUUGAUGUUUGCCGGGUUUCCUAACCAGUCUCCUCUACUAACUAUGUAAUUGAUUUAGAGACCUUAUACGGUACACUGUUUCCUGGAGCGGCGAGGGUGUAUGGAUAGGCAAACAAGUUUGCCAUACAGCUAAAUAUAAGGGGGACCCCUGAAAGUGUUCAAACUUCAACAAGAUGACAUAUUAGAACUGGAAGUUUCGGGAUUCCUGACACAUGAUGGCCUUUAAGUUAUUUCUUUAUUCAAAACCCCAAGUGAGCUCUCGCCUUAAGCGAUACCGUGAGUAAAAAAGAAAUGGGCUUUCCAUUCUGAAAACUCGGACACUUCAAGUGAGCCAACCACCCUCCGCAAUUUUUAACCCUGAGCGAGACUUAGCCCACUAAUUCUUUCUAUAUACUUAAGCAUAUAUGAACACUGUAUGGGAGUUAUCCUGCCCCCGGCCCCGUCUUAGAAAAUGAAUUGCCUAAUUGUAAGUUGAACCUUGUACUAUGACUUACGACCUCUCCUAUCAUUAUCAUUAAUUUUGUAAGCCACUCAUUUGUGAAGUAUCCUUAAGCGUCUGGAGGAUUGUAAUUUUACUGCACAUACUGGGUUACAAAUACAAAGAAAUUAUGUUUAGGCUUUGCCCCCUUUGUAAUAGAUACGAGAUGAAUUCCACUGUUUGUUGAAAUGUACUCGUGAUCACUCAUCACUUUCUCAUAUAAGGGGUACCUUCUUGGAGAGCCUAUACUCGAUAAAGAGUAAUUUUACGAAUAUGUCUUGCAAGGCACUAUUUUUAAAUAUCAUGUCCAUGUGCGAUGAAAACGUCAUAAAUAUUAGUGCCUCUUAUAUUGAAAGUAUCCUAAAUUGUUAUAAAUCCGAACUCUAAUUUAACUUUCUUACCAUACGAGUAGCGGAGAAGCCGUACAUAGCCAAGUAAUUUUUUUUAAAUUUAAUAUUCGAUAUUUAGUUGUUGUUUCUUUCUUUCUUAUCUUUUAUUUUACUUUGUUUCAUUUGUAAUUAUCUGUUUAAAAUUGCGCACCUUUUCUCGGCCAUUCAAAAGGCUCGGCUUAUUUCGCGGGGCUGCAGAGUGACCCAGGCUGAACUUAAAGGUUUCUUUCGAAGAGUCCAUAUUUUUUCCAGAACUGUUGUGUCUUUUUCGAAUUAACUUGCAGAGUCAUCUUUAUUUCGUCGUGAAACGUCUCGACUCGCUUACUCACUAUAGGUAACAAAUAACUUGUUUCUUAAUAUGCUUACAUGAAAAAGCACGGCCAAUAUACCGUAAAAUUCCGAAAAUAAGCCCCUCCAUGUAUAAGCCCCUCUAAACAUAAGCCCCCCAAACCGGUCCAAAUAUAAGCCCCCCGGGGACUUGUACUUGGAAAAUUGCCCUCAAACACAAAGUAGAACAAAGCAAAAACGGUAAAUUUACUUCCAACUAUAAGGCUAGCCCAAUCGAUUUUGAAACGCAAAUUUCCCUCCGUAGAUAAGCCCCUCCAAAUAUAAGCCCCUCCAAAAAUGUCCCUCAAAAAGGGCCUUUGAAAAAUAUAAGCCCCAGGGCUUAUUAUCGGAAUUUUACGGUAUAUCUGUCGUUUUGUUGACAUCUCAGGAUUUAGUCACUUAAAAUAUCGGCCUCAAGAACUGUCGUCUAAAGCAGCAACAAUCGUGCAUUGUCAUUUGUUUGUUUGUUUUUGUUUUUGAAAAUAUCACGGAAGCAUUUCUUACUUUAAAGACUUCAUGCUUUCAAAAUUUUGCUUAUGGUCUAAGGCUUACCGUAGUUAUGGUAAGUCCAGUAGUUAGCACUGACGUUUAGCGCUGUACAGCAGAAUUUACAUCAUUUUUUACUGAGACUUUUGAGACCUUUCUGUUCAAUUUUCAAGAUCUGCAAAAAAACCUUCGUUUCCGUAACCCACGACAUUCCAAAACGGAGAUCAGUUUCCUUUGUCCACUUUCUUCAAAGCGUUUUAAUUUUUUAACCCUUGAGGGAGAUUUUUUUAUGUUCAGUUUUUAAGAUCUUUCUUUUCAAACGGAGAAGGUCUCGUUCAAAUUUUUACCCGUGACAGUUUUCGUUUCAAUUUCAACCAUAAGGUAUGUCUGAAAAUUCUUUCUGCUUGUAACAAUCGCGCGCAGCAAGAUGCGCAAAAUGACCAAAUACAGACCAGAAAUAUCCAUCUCUAUGAGAACCAACAUAUGAAAGGGUACAAAUGUUAUAAACUUCCAUCUUCCAUCCAGAGAUUACAUUUGCUAGAGAUGACCAGGAUACACGCGAUGUCGGACGAGAAACAGCUCGAAGCGAUCAAGGAAUCGUUGGAGUUUUUGCUCGUCCUCGCCAAUUGCAUCCAGGAUGAAAAUCGAGUAACACAUAUCUUCUAAAGUAGUCCAUUGCUCAUUGUAUACCGCCUUUUUCCGUGAGAAGGGAGCGCUAGCAUCGUUAGAGUCUGUUCUUUAACUUUCAAGAACGAGUUUGUGGUACUAGCACGUGCUUCUCUGCUGAAAGUUGCCUGAUUUUAACAUCCGAGAAAAUGCGCGCAAACGAAGAAUGACGACAUAAAGGUUUAAUAAAAGCGCGCUGUCUGAAGUCGUUGAUCAAUUAAAUAGUCGUUCUGUGGUGAACGCUCAUGGCUGCUUACAAUGUGAUUUUGUCCCGAUUGUGGGGAUUUUACGUGACAAACACCGUGGUCACCGGUUGCUUGAUCGCAAGCUGCAAUCCAGACAAUACGAGCUUGCUGUACGCUUGGUUGGUUUCCUUAUGUGA